GGGAAUGGCAGCCUGCUCAGCCGUAAUAGUCGAGUUCUGAGCGGCUACCGGAUAAACGCUAAAAAUCCUCUAGUCAAAAUCCGGUGCUAUUCCCGCCAUCGAAAAUAGAAAAGAAUCCGAAGAAAAAGAAGAAGAAGGUUGACUAUUUGUCUUCCUUUUGCGUGUGUCCCGUAUCGCGAUUCCUCCAAUCUUCUCCCCGGCAUCCCGAGGAAGAUGUGCUCGAGAUCUUUUCGCAAUUGUAGCUUUUACCAGAUACAUUUCUCUCUUUUUCUCUCUCUCUCUCUCUUUCUCUCUCUCUCUCUCUCUUUCACUCUCUCUAUCUCUCUCUCGUUUGAUAUUAAAAUUAUUAAUAUCAAAUUAUUUUCAUUAAAUAGUUAAGUUUUUAAGAAAGUACUAUAAAUAUCUUGACAAAUAUCUUAUUCAAUCUUUCUUGCGCUGGAAAAGCGCCAUUUAUACAUCUUACACAUAUACAUAUAAAAGCUCAUUAGAAAAUACAUAGAUGCAUAUACGCACGUACAUAAUCUUACUUAUCUUUGUCUUACGCAAUUUCUGACCGCGAACGUUUCGACGUUUGCCGAGGACGUUCGUGUGUACCGUAAAAAUAUUCUGCCAAGGACUAGUGAAAGGCACCGAGCUAUUCGAUUAUUACAAAAAAAGAGCAUUAAUAGAUAAAUGGAUAAGUUCAAUCGCGAAAAGAUCAUCGUGUAAUACUGUGAUUUGGGAUUAGUACGUUAGAUACCCAACAAAUUGACUAGGAUAUUCAAAUUCCCAAGUGCGACCUUAUUCCGUAGUCGAACGUCAAAGCCCCAAAGAACGUUAUCUACAAGUCAGUCUUAAAUCAGAGAAUGAGAAAAUAUAUCAUAACUCGUCCCCGCCCGCUCCUUGCCAACAAAACGAGAUCGAAAGAGUACCUUUAUAAUAUCACGAAAAUAAAUUAUUCUUAAUGGUUAUUACAAAGGUAGAGAGUACUUCGAAUAAAAAGAAGAAGCAGAAGAAGAAAAAAAAUAUGAAAGGACAACGUGUCGAACGUGUAAUUGUUGUCGACCUCGAAAUAAUUGAUAAGAAGGGAUCCAUUGAAGGCAUUUAUCGCGAUCCCUUCUUCUAAACAUCGUCUAUACCGAUAUAACUUAAUCAUAAAUGUCUUAUUCGUGCGUAGGUAACAACAAAAAUAAAAAAAAAAGAAAAAAGAAGAAAAGGAAAAAACGAAGUAAACUAACAAGAAUCCAGAAGCUACCUACAAAAAAUUAAGAAAUUAAUCUGUGUGUCGUGUUUCUAUAUCGUAGAAUAGAAACUAGUGAUACGCAUUCCUGGACUUGGUCUCGUAUUAUGAGAAUAAUAUAGAAACUGCUUCGACGGAUACUAAUUUUAGGUCGAAUGCACCAUUGAAAGAAAUAAAAACUAAAUAAAUAAAUAAAUAAAUAAAUAAAUAAAUAAAGGUCAAGGUAUUAUCAAGGAGAAAGAGAGAAAGACAAAAUAAUAAAAAUCAUAAAGGCAAAGCCGAUCUACGGUAGGCAGGGUGUUUCGUAUUCUUUCUUUCUUCUUUUUUUAAUCACUUUCUUCUCUCUUUCUUUGAAGACAAAAGAAAAUACUAAUAAUAAUAAAAAAGAAAAAAAGAAAAAAAGAAUCAAAAUACUUAUUUUUUUUUCUCUCAACAGAAACAGAAAAAAGAAAACUACAUAGCGUUUGUGGCGAUGCGUUACGAUACCGAUUACUCGCGAUACAUCCAUCCAAAUAAUGAAAACGAAUUAACCAAGAUAGUCCACGUUCGAUAAAUAAAUAGAACAUAAAUAAAAAUAAAAAUCUAUAUAUAUAUAUAUAUAUAUAUAUAUAUAUAUAUACACAAGAGGGAACGAGUAACUUAAGUUAUAUUAUGAAAAAAACAAAGAACAAAAAAAUCAGCAUCGUUUCUCGUUCUCUCGGUUUAGGGUCACCUUAUUAGGGGACCUUAUUAGCGAUAACUUUACUCAAUCUUAAGAAGAUGAAACGAAAUUAAAACUAAGCCACGGUCGAGAAGGAAAAAAAGGUUCAUGAUUUUGAUUCAUUCACGAGGCUGACAAACUAUUUACGAGAGCCAAACUCUAAGCUUAAGCUUCACUAAGCUCUCUCUCCACACAAACAAUCCCUCGGUCUAUGUUCUGUUUUUUUCCUUUUGUCUUUUUUUUUCAGAAUGCGGCGUCUCUUGGAUACAUUAUUCAGUUUUAGGAAUGAAAAAUAAAAAAAAGGAAAGAGAGGGAAAACCAAAAACAUAAAAAAAAAACUAACAUAAGAGAGAGAGAGAGAGAGAGAGAGAAAGAGAGAGAGAAAGAGAGAGAGAAAGGAAUAUAUUGCUUUAUGCUUUGCUAGUGAUUCGAAGAGAGUGAAAAAUCUUGUCUUUUGAUUGUAUUUAUCGUCCGAAUUAAUCCGAGAUAGAAAAAUAAAAGGAAAAGAGAAUAAGAAAGAAAAGAGGAGAAAAAGGGAGAGAAAAAAUCGAAAAAUUAUACUUUUUGUACUUACUCCUUUGACAGCUAGAAUUAUUGCAUUCUAUUAAAAAUAAAUAUUCAAUAUAAAAGAAAAUGAAAGAAAAGAAAAAAGGAAGAAAGAAUUAAAAAAAGAAAAGGUGCCGAAAAGAUCCAAUGGAGAGAAAGGGAUGAGAAAAAAUAAUAUCAGAGGGAACCAAUGACAUUAUUUUUUUUUUUCAAAAUAUGGGGAAAAGACGAUCGACGAACGAUGGUGAUAAUGAUGAUGAUGGUUUAGAUGUGUUUGAUGAUGUUGCAUAUAGAAAAGACACGUUAAGAAGAAAAGAAUAUAAAUGAAGAUCUGGGUAAAAGAGAGAAAAGAGAAAAACCUUGAAAGUAUUUGCAAACCAUUCGAAAAAUUUCAUAAUCAAAGAAAUUCUAAGAAUAAACAAAAGAUAAGAAAUUUUUACACGUUUAAAACGAUAGGCCUCUUUGUACAUCCUACUUUCGCUUAUUGCGUUAAAAAACAUCAAUAUAUGUAUAUGUAUAUUACAUGAUAGAUAUAUAUAUAUAUAAUAUUAUACCUAUUGGUAUGAUAAGUUUAAUUGUUGUUCUGUAAUACAGAAACAAAGAAAGCUGUUUUAGAUGGGGAUACGCCUAACCUCGUAUAUGCAUACAUAUAUACAUAUAUACAAACAUACAUACAUACAUACAUACAUACAUACAUACAUACAUACAUACAUACAUAUAUAUAUGUAUAUAUAUAUAUAUGUAUAUAAAGUAUAGAAAAGCAAGCAAAAAAGAAUGAACGAACGAAGAAACGAGAAGAAAAUUAUCUUCGUUUCUUCUUUUAUAUUAAAUCCUUGUAUCCAAGCGCUUCGUCAUUGAGCUUGAUUGGACAAUGAAAUUUUGAACACAAAUGAAACAAGAUUGAGUUUUCGAUUGAAAAACUUUGAGUAUAGAUCAGAUAUUUUUCAACGAUUCUUAAUGUCUGAUCCGAAUCUCACAAGAGUCUAUGUAUCCUAGCCUCGAUAAAAUGAAGUUACGAUAGAUAGAAUAGGAAAAGAAGCAAAGAAAAGAAAAGAAAUAAAGAAAAUCACCAAAAUGAAGAUAAAGGAAUGAAUGAAUUUCCGAACGUGAACAUACAUACAUACACGCACGUACACACAUACACAAAGAAGUGUGGAUCAACGAUGUGUAACAAAACUUUUCGGCACGAGAUAUAAAUGUCAUAAGGAUCUUGAUAUCGUCCUGAUCAUGAAAUUUUCAUGUUUUAUCUCAGCAGCUGUGCAAUUGGUCCAAUUGGAUCAGAAACAGACUCGUAAAACUGAAAUUAAUCGUGAGAGUUCAUGUGAACUCUAACGUACUCGGCAUAAGAACAUAGAAAUGCUCGAUAUUCAUGCGCUCUCGCCUAAAAAAAAAGAAAGACAAAGAAAGAAGAAAACGAAAAAGCCAUCUCUCGAUGGCCAAACAAAAGAUGCAAAAGAGGAUCCGGUGCAAAAGAGAAAAGAACGACAAAAAACUUGGAAAGAAAGUGACAGAGAGAGAGAGAGAGAGAAAGAGAACAGUUAAAGAAAGAGAAGAAGGAGAGAGCAAAUGGAAUUUAAUGUCAAAGUAAAAAGAGAGAUAAUUAAAUAAUUAAGCAUUAAUAACGUGGAGAGAGAAAAAAAAUAAAUUCUAGGAAUGAGCUUUCACUAAGAACAAUUUAGAUUGAAGUACGAUGGGAGAAAGGAUAUAUAUAUAUAUAUAUAUAUAUGACAGCGAAGUAAAACAGAAAAACGGAAAUAGCGAAGCAGAUUUCGAAAAAAAAAGAAGAAAAAGAAAGAAAAAAAAGAAAAAGAAGAAAAGAAGAAGAAGAAGUGAAAAAAAAGAAAGGGAAAAUACGUGAAAAAACGUGAGCUUCAACUCCUAUGCGAGUUUCUAAAUUUUGAUCCUCGUAAAGGGUAAAGUGGGGGUGAGAAUUCACAAUUAUUGGCGUGGAUACUCUUUUUUGUUUUUCGAAAAUAUUGAUUGAAACUUGGAAUCGAUUCAUCGAAAGCAAGAAAGAAAAAGAGGGAGAAAGAGGGAGAAAGAGAGAGGAAAUGGGAAUAAGAAGGAAAAACAAAACGCUUCGCGUAAUAUGAAAUUAAUAAAUUUCUAAUACGGACUCUAGUCAAGAAAUCUCGUUUCCUAAACGUAAAAAAAAAAAUAAAAAAAGUAAAAAAAAAUAUCAUCUAGUCAUUCAAUCGAAAGGUUUAUUGUUAUGAAUGUGUAAUGCCUAGACAGUGUUAUAUACGACAACGUUUUCUUCGCCAUUUUAUAAGGUCGCAGUUCUCACCCCUCGAAGCGCAUCGGCGCAUCGCGUUUUAUUUAUUUUAUUUCAUUUGAUUUUUUUUCUUUCAAAUAAACCAAAUUUAAAAGCAAAUAAGUAAAGUAAAAGAAAAAAAAUACCAAGGAACAUAAAAGAAUUAAGAUGAAGAAAGCUAAAAAAUAAAUAAACAAAACAAAACAAAACAAAAAAAAAUAAUAAACUUACUGUGGAGUGUUCAUGGUGCUAUGAUUAUUAUUAUUAUUAUAGAAAUAACAAUGUUAUGCUAUAUGAUACAAAUAAUAAUAUAAUAAAUAUACACUAUACCUUA